AUGAAAACGAACACUGCCGUAAAGCAGAGCGCGUCCCAACUGACACAAAACUGGCUCACUAACCCCAAAACAGCGCGCUUGAACGGAGGCAAAAUAUCUAGAGACUGCCGCAGGGCGCGUCCGAGGUGACGCAAAGAGAUCUGACUCCACUGCCGUAAAGCAGCUUCUUCAUAAUAAAUCCUGCCGUAAAAUAUAGAAUAAUAAAGAUGGACAGCAAUACUUAGCACCCUCAGCCAGCCAGUGUGGGGUGGGGCCGAGCUUGAGUUUUUCUUAACAUGAAAAAAAGUAUUUUUUUAAAAAUGUUGAAUGAUUCACACUUUCACUGCUCCCUGUCCCUCCAAGUAUUGAAGUGUUUGGGUGAAUAAUGCAUUGGAGGUGAGAAAUGAAUACACUCACGCCUCUGCUGCGGCACUUCGGUGUUUGUAAAAUCUAAACCCUGCCAUGUCACGUGAUGGGUUUCUCCAACCACCAUGACCAUUACAAUGAUUUGAAGUGGUUAUGGUGGUAGGAGACAGUAUGUGCAGUGUUCCAGCUUGAAACUCUGUGCGUGCUGAGGUAUUGUUAAUUGUGUGCUAGGGGGGAACUGUGUGCCAGGCUGCCAAACGCAGACUACCUAUGCCAGCAUCGCGCGUGGAGAAGCAGACUGCCUAUGCCAGCAUCGCGCGUGGAGACGCAUACUACCUAUGCCGGCAGCGCACGUGGAGACGCAGACUACCUAUGCCGGAAGCGCACGUGGAGACGCAGACUGCCUAUGCCGGAAGCGCACGUGGAGACGCAGACUGCCUAUGCCGGCAGGGCGCGUGGAGACGCAGACUACCUAUGCCGGCAGCGCGCGUGGAGAAGCAGACUGCCUAUGCCGGCAGCGAGCGUGGAGAAGCAGACUACCUAUGCCAACAGCGGGCGUGGAGACGCUGACUACCUAUGCCGGCAGCGCGCGUGGAGACGCUGUCUACCUAUGCCGGCAGUGCAUGCUGGCAGCAUGCAUGGAGACACAGACUACCUAUGCCGGCAGCGCGCGUGGAGACGCAGACUACCUAUUCCGGCAGCGCGCGUGGAGAAGCAGACUACCUUUGCCGGCAGCGGGCGUGGAGAAGCAGACUACCUAUGCCGGCAGCGCGCGUGGAGACGCAGACUACCUAUGCAGGCAGCGCGCGUGGAGACGCAGACUACCUAUGCCGGCAGCGGGCGUGGAGACGCAGACUACCUAUGCCGGCAGCGCGCGUGGGGCCGCAGACUACCUGUGCGACAGCGGGCGUGGAGAUGCAGACUACCUAUGCCGGCAGCGCGCGUGGAGACGCAUACUACCUAUGCCAGCAGUGCAUGCUGGCAGCACGCAUGGAGACGCAGACUACCUAUGCUGGCAGCGCGCGUGGAGACGCAGACUACCUAUGCUGGCAGCGCGUGUGGAGACACAGACUACCUGUGCCGGCAGUGCGCAGGGAUGUAG